CCAGUUAUUGCUUUUGACGUCUGGGAUGACUUUGGAUUGGAUGAAAAUUGAGUUGGGCUUUCCUGGAUUGGUUUUGUGCUUCAUGAGUGUGGAGGAGCUAGCUAUUUGUGCCCAAUUUAAUGCAAUCUCUUUGCAUUGUCAAAAAAAUGUUACUAGGAGUUAAGCCCUAACGGUUAAUGCAUGUAGCUAGAAUGCGCAUAUGUGCGGUAAAAUCUCGGCGGCCCGAUGAGUGCCACACCACCGUUGGGAUUGGCCUACCACAGAGCCACGGCACACAAUUUAUUUUAUUUUUAUUGUUGUUGUUUUUGGGACAGAAAAAUCAAAACAAAAUAAUAACAGAGGGAGGCCGAAAUAUGGGAAGCACGAGUACCACUCUCAUCCACCAUUUGCACUCCCAUGGCUACUUCUGUAAGCACUCCCUUUCUAUUCGAAACCAACGUCAACAACUUGCUCCUUCUUCUUCUUCGCCUUCGAUGAGAGGGAGGCCGAGAUUCGGUGGUUUGAGGAGCACCACAAGUUUCAGUAGAGUCGUCUGUUUUGCUGCCGUUAAUGAUGAUAUUAGCGAGAAGCAGACGGAGUUACCUACUACUAGCUCUACUACCGGUGGAUCUAUCGGCUCGCUUCUUGAAGAUAGGCCUGUCACAGAUAUGCUUGACAGUUCACAAGAAAACUUUGCUCAAAAUACUGAAGGAAGAGCAGUUUAUGAUUUCCUGUAUCCCAGUAAAGAGCUCCUUCCCGAUGACAAAGAAAUGAGUAUAUUUGAUCAUCUUGAAGAACUGCGUCAGAGAAUAUUUGUGUCUGUUUUGGCUGUUGGAGCUGCCAUAUUGGGAUGCUUUGCAUUUUCGAAAGAACUCAUUAUGGUUCUUGAAGCUCCUGUUAAAGCACAAGGUGUGCGAUUUCUGCAACUAGCUCCAGGAGAGUUUUUCUUUACAACGUUGAAGGUAUCAGGAUACUGUGGCCUUCUUCUGGGAAGCCCAAUUAUUCUUUAUGAGAUUAUAGCCUUUGUUCUUCCAGGUUUAACGAGAGCAGAAAGAAGGUUCUUGGGGCCAAUUGUCUUGGGCUCCUCAGUACUGUUUUAUGCUGGAAUUGUCUUCUCCUAUUUGAUUCUGACUCCAGCAGCCUUAAAUUUUUUCAUUAGUUACGCAGAAGGGGUUGUGGAAUCUUUAUGGUCUAUUGACCAGUACUUCGAGUUCGUGCUUGUGCUAAUGUUCAGCACAGGUCUGUCUUUUCAGGUUCCUGUAAUACAAUUUCUACUUGGACAAGUUGGUCUAGUGACAGGGGAUCAAAUGCUGUCAAUUUGGAGAUACGUGGUUGUUGGGGCGGUUGUUGCAGCUGCUGUGGUCACACCAUCAACUGAUCCUCUUACUCAGGUGCUUCUUGCUGCACCUCUUCUCGGUCUUUAUUUGGGCGGCGCGUGGAUAGUGAAGCUCACAGGCCGGUCACCGUAAUUUUUACAUUCAUCAAAUUUCCUGGUCAGUGCAUUUAGAGGACAGGAAUGGCCCCUAUAUAAUUGGAGUAUAUAGUAAAUUGUCUAUCAAAAGGAAUGAAGGAUAAUUAUUCUUUAAAUCUCCGGUUUGAUUUAUGCUCAUCCUUACUCUCUCCCCCCUCUCUGGUUAUGUAGUCGAGAAGUUUCCUCAGGCUCAGGAGCACAAUUGGCUAAUUUUUAAGGCUUUGUAUUACGAUUC